AGAGAAGACAGGAAGUUGUGGAAGAUUCGCUGCUCGUGAGAGAAGGUGCCGGGGUGGAAGGCAACAAGGAUGCUACAGCUAUGUCUGUCCUGGCUGGGAAUGGGGUCCCUGACUGCCUCUCCGUGGCAUCUACUGCUGCUGGGAGGGGCAUCUUGGAUUCUAGCCCGAAUUCUGGCCUGGAUCUAUGCCUUCUAUGACAACUGCAGUCGCCUUCGUUGCUUCCCUCAGCCCCCUAAACCGAGCUGGUUCUGGGGUCACUUGGCCUUGAUGAAGAACAACGAGGAAAGCAUGCAGUUCAUAACACAUCUGGGCCAUGACUUCCAUGAUGUCCACCUCUCUUGGGUUGGACCUGUGUACCCAAUCCUGCGACUCGUCCACCCGAACUUCAUUGCUCCCCUGCUCCAAGCCUCAGGAUUCCUCUAUUGAAGCUCUGGCUGUCCUGGAGCUACUCAGUGUGUAAACCAGGGUGGCCUCGAACUCACAAAGAUACACCUGCGUCUCACCCUUAUCUGAGAAGCUGUGGGCACAAUGUCUCACCCCUAUCUGAGCUGCUGUUGCACCCAAGGAAAUGACUCUCUAUGGCUUCCUGAAGCCCUGGCUGGGGGAUGGGCUCCUGAUGAGUGCUGGUGACAAGUGGAGCCACCACCGACGCCUGCUGACACCUGCCUUUCACUUUGACAUCCUGAAGUCCUAUGUGAAGAUUUUUAACAAGAGUGUGAACAUCAUGCAUGCUAAGUGGCAGUGCCUGGCCUCCAAGGGCACUUCCCGUCUGGACAUGUUUGAACACAUCAGCCUCAUGACCUUGGACAGCCUGCAGAAGUGCAUCUUCAGUGUCGACAGCAACUGCCAAGAGUCUGACAGCAAAUACAUUGCUGCAAUCCUGGAACUUAGCUCCCUUGUAGUGAAACGGCACCGCCAGCCCUUCCUGUACCUGGACCUCCUGUACUAUCUCACUGCUGAUGGGCGUCGCUUCCGCAAAGCCUGCGACCUGGUGCACAACUUCACAGAUGCUGUCAUCAAGGAGAGACGCAGCACCCUCAAUACGCAGGGUGUUGAAUUCCUAAAGGCCAAGGCUAAGACCAAAACUUUAGAUUUUAUUGAUGUUCUCUUGAUGGCUGAGGAUGAACAUGGUAAGGGACUAUCGAAUGAGGACAUCCGAGCAGAGGCUGACACCUUCAUGUUUGGAGGCCAUGACACCACCACCAGUGCCCUCUCCUGGAUUCUCUACAACCUGGCGAGGCACCCAGAAUACCAGGAGCGCUGCCGGCAGGAGGUUCAGGAGCUGCUGAGGGACCGAGACUCCGAGGAGAUUGAAUGGGACGACUUGGCCCAGCUACCCUUCCUGACCAUGUGCAUCAAGGAGAGUCUGCGGCUGCAUCCCCCAGUCUUAUUAAUCUCCCGAUGCUGCACCCAGGACGUUCUGCUGCCAGAUGGCCGGGCCAUCCCCAAAGGGAACAUCUGUGUCAUCAGCAUUUUCGGGGUUCACCACAACCCUUCAGUCUGGCCAGACCCUGAGGUCUACAACCCCUUUAGAUUUGACCCAGAAAACCCACAGAAAAGGUCACCUCUGGCUUUUAUUCCCUUCUCAGCGGGGACCAGGAACUGCAUAGGACAGACUUUCGCCAUGAGCGAGAUAAAGGUAGCGCUGGCGCUGACCCUGCUGCGCUUCCGCAUCCUGCCAGAUGACAAGGAGCCGCGCCGGAAGCCAGAGCUGAUCCUGCGCGCAGAGGGCGGGCUGUGGCUGCGGGUGGAGCCGCUGAGCGCCGGCGCACAGUGACCUCACAGCUGCCUUGGAACCAGCUCACCCAUGCUCCUACCUCUUUAAAUCUCUGAAUAAACAGAACUGCCUCCUGUUCUUUGAGUGAC